AUCAGUGCAAUUAUGCGGUCGCUCCAGCUCCUUCGCUCCGCUCGUUCCCUGAGGGCCGGAGCAGCCCUAGUUAGGACCCCUCGUCGUCCUGCGAGCUCUGGCAGCCCCCAGCUGGAAGAGUUGUUCUCCAGCGGCGGAGCCAUGAGGAGUUUUCUCGAACGCCUGACAGGGCCCGGAGUCCAGGCCCAUUCCGGAGCCAAGAAGCCAGAGUUGGCGAUGGCGGCCAAGAAACUGAGAGAAAAGGAGCAGGAACUGCAGGAGACAGAGCGGCUGCUGGAGGAUGAGAAUGAAGACCUAAGGAAACUUGCAGAAAAUGAAAUAAUUUCUUGUCAGAAAGAAUUAACUAAAUUGAAGCAAAAGAUAAUCCUACUCUUGAUUCCCUCAGAAGAAACAGAUGAAAAUGAUUUAAUACUGGAAUUAACUGCUGGAGUUGGGGGUCAAGAAGCUAUGUUGUUUACUGCAGAGAUGUUUGAUAUGUAUAAGCGAUAUGCUGCAUAUAAAAAAUGGCAUUUUGAAAUACUAGAAUAUUUUCCCAGCGAAAUAGGUGGCCUAAGACAUGCAUCUGCCAGCAUUGGGGGACCAGAAGCUUAUAGGCACAUGAAGUUUGAAGGAGGUGUGCAUCGAGUACAACGAGUGCCAAAGACUGAAAAGCAAGGCCGUAUGCACACCAGCACAAUGACUGUAGCAAUAUUGCCCCAGCCUACUGAAAUUAAUCUGGUCAUCAAUCCAAAAGAGUUACGAAUUGAAACUAAGCGAGCUAGUGGAGCUGGGGGUCAGCAUGUGAACACUACUGACAGUGCUGUCCGAAUAGUUCAUCUUCCAACAGGUGUUGCUACUGAAUGCCAACAAGAGAGGUCUCAAAUAAAAAAUAAAGAAAUGGCCAUGAAAAAGUUACGAGCAAAACUGUAUAACAUGCAGCUGGAAGAAGAGACAAAUAAAAGAUACAGUGCUAGAAAGAUUCAGAUUGGAACCAAAGGAAGAUCCGAAAAAAUAAGAACAUACCAUUUUCCACAAAAUAGGGUUACAGAUCACAGAAUAAGCAAAUCAUUGUACGACAUCCAGAGUUUCAUGCUAGGAGAAUAUCUACUAGAUGAACUUGUACAGUCACUAAAGGAAUAUGCUGAUUAUGAAUCUAUAACAGAAGUUAUUUCAGAAAAACAUUAAAUUCAUCAAAGCAUCUUGUUCUAUUACUUAGCAAAAUUGGUUUCUUUCAGGUCACCUUUAAUGUAUAUAAGACUAAUCCUUUUUAAAAUGCCCACUUGAAUAUUAUAUUCAUGUGUAAAUAUCUAUUAGAACAAUAACAGAAGCCAGAAUAAUCUGUAUUUCAGGGCUCUUAAAUUGUUCCUCUUGUUAAUUAUGUUGUCAAAAGGCAGACAAUUUUCCAGAUAUCGUACAUUCUACUUCUCGAAAACAUUUAAUAUGAAUUUGGUUGUAAAUUUAUUGUUACAAUGGAUUAUCUUUUUUCAAAUGAAACCAACAAAUAUUAAGUGCCUACUACAUUAAAAUAUUAAGA